UAAAACAGCUGGAAUUACAACUAAUCAUCGGCGGAUCAAAGGUCAUUUUGUCCACAUGGUUGAUGUUAUUUUGACACGAACGGCAAGGAUUGAAGACGAUAAAUAUCGUGUUAUUUGAAGUGUGUAUGCUGUAUCAAAUAUGGGGAAAUCAAAGAAUAAAAGAUUUCGAUCAAAGAAAGCUCGACCGACUGGUUUGCAGAGUAUGAAGGAGAUAGAGGAUGAAGAAGAGGAGUUAGGGACUUCGAAUCCCACGGCCACGGAAGCCGUGCAGCUGAAAGCAGUCGGAGUGUUGGAGAAGCUUCAAAGUAGCUCGGCUGAGGAGAGAGAAUGUGCCUGCACAUCCCUGGCCAACCUGGUCCAGGACCCAAAGGCCCUGCAGACCCUGGUCCAACAGAAAGCAGUGCGUAGUCUUGGACCUCUUCUAGUAGACCCGUCAUCAGGAAUUCGAGAAGCUGCAGCCGGAGCCUUGAGGAAUCUGACUGUAGCAGGUGGCCAUGAUAUCUGUGACCAUAUGGUAGAGGAAGACGUCAUGACACCUCUAGUAACGUUCCUGCUUCAGUAUUCAGAGGGAAUUCCCCAGUCACCCGCCAAGCAUAAAGAGAACAAGAUGCCCCAACAUGACUCUGGUUUAGAAGCAUUGGUACAAGCUGUACAUCUUGUCUGGAAUUUAUGUGAGAGUAACAGCACAGCAGUAACCAUAGCUAAUCAGCAAGGUUUGGUAACAGUCUUCCUCCACUGCCUUCAAGCAUACUCAACUAUGGUGGAUCUUGCGAUCUCUGCAGCACAAUGUCUUCACACUUUUACAGAGGACAACCUCCUGGCAGCUCAAGAACUCUGCAAGCCAGAUCGUCUCGCUGUCUUGGAAAGCACCCUCAUGUGUGAGAACACCACCAUGAAGCUGACCCAACUGCAAACUCUGACUGCUGGAAUCCUGUUCAACAUCCGUGGUUGUCUGCCUGCCACCAGCAGAGGGCAGAGUUUUCAAGCCCUAGUGAAAGUGCUUGCUGCCACACUCCAAACAGAUAACUGUUCAGCCAUCUCUUCUCUCGUCCCAGGCAUUCAAACCAAUGGAAAUGUUCAGAAUGGAGAGGUUGAGAAGAAAGAAGAGGAAGAAACAGAUAAAACAUUGCCAUGGAAACUAGAGAGUGACUUGUCAGAAGCAGAGGCUCUUCUUCAAGCCCAGCAAGUAGCAUUAGAAAUCAUCUCAAACAUGUGCUGUCCAGAAGAUGAUGAUGAUGACUGGGAGGAUAUGGAGUCUUGUAGCACAAGCAGUAGUAGCAGUGAUGACAAUCAAGACAAAGCACAAGAUUUAGUGCAACCACCCGUCAUGUCUCCUUUAUGCCUAUCUGCAGAAAUUCACAGUGCAUUAGCGGACCAGUCUAUACCAGAUAAGAUUCUAGAGAAGAUCAGUUUUCCUGACAGAACACUGCUUCAAAAACUGAUCUCUCAUAAGGAGGGCAAACCAUUAUUCAAAGGCCUUCUGAGAGUCCAGAGCCGAGCACUCCUGUGUCUUCACAACAUGGUUGCAGUGAUGGAGCUGGAGUCCUUAGGAGGACCAGGAGCCCUGGCCCUGCUUCUUGACAAGCUCCUGGUCCUAGCUAUGAGCGAUCCAGUUCCAGUAGGGGGCGAGUUGAUCGAGGCAUUGACUAGUGCGCUGAGAGCUGUCCUUCAGAAAAUGGCCCAGAAUAAUUAUGUCCCAGAGGCAUUGACAGAGGUACACCUGAAAAGGCUAUGUUCGUUUAGUGAGGCCAAUGCUUCAAAUAGAAUCAAAGUGAACCUGGUGGGUGUCCUAGGUAGCAUUGGAAGUGUCUUGGCUAAGAGAGAUGGAACGGAAGAACUACUCACAGCUGUUGGAAACCAACUCCUAGAAGUAGCCACCAAGGACCCAUCUCUGUGGGUAGCUGCAGAGGCCCUGGAUGCCAUCUUUGAUACCUUUGGUGAUGGAGUGAUGGCCGAUCGGGUCGCCAUUGAGCUGGGUCUGACUGCUCGUCUAAAAGCACUGGUGCCUCAGCUCAAAGCCAAGUUACGGCAGAGUCAAGGAACUCUCGGGGAACACUUGCCGAUCAUCAUGAACGCAAGGACAAACCUGGGAAGAUUCAUCAAGUAUAAAGAGAAUCAAGAGCUCCUCCUGGGCACCUAUCCUUCUACUUAAAUUUGUUGCCCCUCCAUCUUUUAAAAUCCUUCUCUCUAUCCAUCUUUUUAAAUCCUUCUCCCCAUCCACCUCUAUCCAAUCUCUCCCCUCUCAUCUUUUUUUUUGUUGUUUUUUUUUGUUCAUAAUUUUCUUCUCCUGGGCACCUAUUUUUCUACUUAAAUUUGUUGUCCCUCCAUCUUUUUAAGUCCUUCUCUCUAUCCAUCUUUUUAAAUCCUUCUCUCGAUCCACUUUUUAAAUCCUUCUGUUCAUCCACUUUUGAAAAUCCUUCUCUCUAUCCACCUCUAUAAAUUUCUUCUUCAAUCUCUCCCCUCUCAUU